UGUGGAGUGGGGUGACGAAACAGUUGACCAAGGAAGAAGAGAAGCAGCAGCGUCAGAUCCACUCCUUUGACUGUACUAUAAAUAGCAAGGAAUGGUUUGGCCAAGAUAACAGCAAGUGGAGAUGUCGUCAUCAUCCCCGCCGGUGAAGCUCAUCGGCUUCUUCGGCAGCCCGUACGCGCACCGCGCCGAGGCAGCCCUGUGCCUCAAGGGCGUGCCUUACGAGCUCCUCCUGGAAGACCUGCUGCGAACCAAGAGCGACCUGCUGCUCCAGCACAACCCCGUGCACAAGAAGGUGCCCGUGCUCCUCCAUGGCGACCGCACCGUCUGUGAGUGCCUCGUCAUCGCCGAGUACAUCGACGAGGCCUUCGACGGGCCGCCGCUCCUGCCCGCCGACCCCUACGGCCGCGCCAUGGCCCGUUUCUGGGCGGACUUCAUCGAAAACAAGCUGACUAAGCCGUUCUUCAUGGCGCACUGGGUCGAGGGCGAGGCGCGGGAGGGGUUCGAGAAAGAGGGCUUGGAGCUGCUGGCGCUUCUGGAGGCGCAGCUCAAGGGGAACAAGUUCUUCGGCGGCGACCGGCCCGGCUACCUCGACAUUGCGGCUUCCAUGCUGGGUCCCUGGCGCAGCGUCGUUGAGGAGGUGACCGGGGUGACCGUGGCCAAGGAGGAAGAGCACCCUGCUCUCUGCCAGUGGGCCAGGGAUUACAGUUCCAACGAAGCUCUCAAGCCCUGCAUUCCGGACAGAGACAGGCUCCUCGCCUACUUCACCAAGAACAAGGAGAUGUACAGAGCUGGCGUCAUAGCAAUGUUGCAGCAGUGAUUGGGUUUUAUGCGCGUAUAGGAUCAGCUAAAAGGACGCAUUGUGCUAUUUCAAGAGCACAAGCACUCUAGUCUGAACUCAUCUAGUGUAUGGUUUGUGCUAGUGAGUUACUCGAGUCAGAUUGUAAUGACGCUGUUACUUAUAGUUAAUAAAGCUCCCCUUUUCUUUUAUC